CAGAACUUGAGCCUUGACACGCAUACGCACGCCCUCGUUGCAAUAAACUGUUGUUAAAUAUCAAAUCCGGAGGACAGAUGAGACACACGGAGCGAGGUAUAUGCAGGAAUUUGCUCUGCGGCGUUUAAUUUGUGAUGGCUAGUGACAGAAGCCUGGACAAGCUUAUUAUUAACAGAAACAACAGCCUGUCGGUAUUUACAGGACCUGGUAGACGACUCAAAUAUAAUAUGUAUGUAUGUAGAGAACCAAACUCUCGACGGAGUCGGGUUGAAAAAAGGCAAAUAUGUACAGACGAAAAUGGCCUCGGGAGGCUACCUAACCUAGUACCUAGCCAGUCCCUACCAAAAACGACAUGUCGUAUCAUGUCGCUUCAUGUGUAGACAGCAAAACAGAUGGCGAGAUACCAUAAAAACAAAAUACGACGGGGCAUUUUCGAGUGUCCCCUACACUUCCUUCACUAUGUUGCCCCGAGACAAAUAUCGGGCUAUUGGGUUUCCAGGUCCUUCACCCACUCCUUUAGAUUGGGUGCCCAGUGGUGGCUAUCGACGCGAGAAUUUCAGUUAGAAGGGGGGUUUUAAAAGGGGGCAGGGAAAGGGAUAGGGGAAGCAAAGAAGGUAAAAGCAAUAAACUCACCCCUGCCAAUGGGUGGCCACCAU